AUGAUGAUUAGGCAAUUAGAAGAUGAUGGUGAUGAUGAUGAUGAGGAGGAGGAUGAUGAGGAUGUCAAUACUAAAAAACAUAUGUUACCACCGAAGGUUGCAAAAAAGAAAAAGAUUCAAAGCACCAGCACUGUAAAACAAUCAACUACAAGUUAUGGAAAGCAGAAGAAAUCUGCAACAUUAGGGACAUAUUUCAUGCCUAGAACAACUCCUGGUGCUCAAAAGUCUCUUCAGAAUUGUUGGCAAAGGAAAGAAGCAGUUGAACGGUGUGAUCUUGCUUUAGCGAAGUGGAUGUUUGAUGCAUGUGUGCCAUUUAAUGCUGUUAACUCUGUGUAUUAUCAGCAUGCCAUAGAUGCUGUAACAACCAUGGGUCCUGGUUAUAAAGGACCAAAUUUACAUGCUAUCCGUGGUUAUUACUUGGCAAAAGCGGUUGAUGAAGUGAAGAUUUAUGUUGAGAGUUAUCGAGAGAUUUGGAAGAAGACUGGUUGCACAUUAAUGGCUGAUGGAUGGACUGAUCAGAAGAGGAGGACUUUAAUUAACUUCUUAGUAUAUUGUCCUAAAGGAACAGUUUUUUUGAAAACCGUGGAUGUAUCAGAUGUCUCAAAGACUGCUAGAUUGUUGUAUCAGUUAUUUAGAGAGGUUGUUUUAUAUGUUGGGGUAGAAAACAUUGUGCAUAUGGUGACUGAUAAUGCUGCAAAUUAUGUUGCUGCUGGCAGGUUAUUGAUGGAAGAAUUUCCUUCAAUAUUGUGGUCUCCUUGUGCUGCUCAUUGCAUCAACCUCAUACUCCAGGACAUUGGUAAAUUGCAGUCAGUUUGUUGUGUUGUUGAGCAUGCUUCUGGUAUCACAAAGUACAUUUAUAAUCAUUGUUAUCCAUUGUAUUUGAUGAGGAAGUUCACUAGAGGAAAAGAAAUACUUCGUCCAGCUCCUACUCGUUUUGCCACCAAUUUCAUUGCAUUGCAAAGCAUUUUAGCUCAUAAAGAUGAGUUGAGAGCUAUGGUGACAUCUAGGGAAUGGGUCUCAUCUGCUUAUGCUAAAGAUAUCAAAGGAAAAAAUUUUGUUGACAGUGUGCUAGACUCUUUGUUUUGGGAAGAAUGUGUAAUAAUUGUGCGAAUGAGUGAACCUUUAGUUCGAGUUCUACGAUUGGUUGAUGGUGAUGAUAGACCUUCGAUGGGAUAUUUGUAUGAUGCUAUUCAUCAUGCAAAAGAAGAAAUGAUGAGGAGAUUUCAAAAGAGAAAGCCUAGAGUGAAACCUUUCAUAGACAUUAUCAAUAAUCGGUGGGAUGGACAAUUUUAUAGAAAUCUUUUUGCAGCGGCAUUUUGGUUGAAUCCUCGAUUUCAAUAUGAUGCAAAUAUAAUGGAUAAACAUAUGAGAACCAUUUCUGGACUUCUAGAUGUUCUUGAGAAGUAUGCACAUGGAAAUCUACCAUUGCAAAGUAAGAUUACAAGUGAGAUGAAGUUUUUUAGGAAUGCUGAACAUGACUUUGGUCGAGCGUCUGCAAUAAAUAAUCGCACCCUUAUGCCUCCAGAUGAAUGGUGGAUGACAUAUGGAACCAGCGCUCCAAAUCUACAACAAUUGGCUAUACGAGUGUUAAGUCAAACUUGUAGUUCUUCGGGAUGUGAGAGAAAUUGGAUCGAAGAUGACCCAUCAAUCUUGACAACGGAAGAAGUAGAGAGUUUUCACCAAGCUCUAUCAACUAUGACCAUACAAGAUACUUUAGAUGAUGAUGUCAUAAAUGUUAAUGAGAUUGAAGAUGAUUGUGAUGAUGAAGUUUCAAAGGAGCAUGCUGAUGAUUUAUUAGGUGUUGACAAGAUUGGCUCAUUUCCAUCGACAUUUGAUCCAAAUUUUGCUGCCAUAGACACAGAAGAACUUAAUGUGUUCAUUCAACAAAAGUGA